UUGAGGGAUUGGAUAACUGCUGGGGCCAAACAAGAGUUAAUUAGAAGAAGAUACUUAUGUGACAUAGGAAUUGACCUAGGAUAUAUGGAACUGCUGAAUAUCCAAGCAAUCGAGGCUGAAAGAGCUGCCAACCAAAAAAGUGACCGAAAGCCGAUUAACUUGGAAUCGAUAGAACUAGAAAGCAAAAAUUAG